AUGGUGAUUUCCAAAGGUUUAAAGACUGAUAUCCUUGACACACUGGCAGACUGUAUGUCAAAGAUAAGUGCUUAUCCUGAAAGACAUCACUAUGAGAAUGUAGCCAAAGCACUUGUGGAGAAGCAUCCCAGUCUGAAGGAGCCAGGGUCUGGAAAGGGAUGGUACUCAUGGUUUCACAGCCUGAAGUUCAAGCUUGGAAACUAUCGUCAAAAGUUAAGUGCAGCAGGAUGCCCUGAGGUGGUAAUAAACAAAAGAAAAGCAGGGGGUUCGAAAGGAAAAUGUGUGAAGAAGUCAAAGAAGGGUGAGGUCCACUACUGUCCAGAUCCACCUGAAGGACACAGUGCUGAAAACAUGGAGGAGAAGCGCAAGAUGAUGGAGGCUGAAAUGCUGAAGAGAGACCUGGAUCAUCAGCUGAUAGAAGACCUGAUGGUUGCUACAUUUUCUCAGCGCAGAAAAGAGAUAAUUGGAGAUCAGCCACUCAUCACAGAAGUCAUUUCCAGAUGGCCAGCUCUGCUCCAUGAGAGACAGAUUAGGGCAGAGUUCAAGAGAAUUGUCACCACAGACCUUGUGGAAACUUUUCUCGAUGGACUUGAUGGCCUGGUCCCAAGACUGCUGGAGUUGUACAAAGCAGCAACCAAGUCUGGAAAGAAGCAAUCACUCAAGGACAUUUUGGACUGCCUUCAGAAAGAUGACACAAAUGAGAGGAGGAGGACUGCUGCUUUGCUUGGACUGCCGCACUACAUAUCGGGCGAAGAUCCAUCAGCUGUCAUCAGGAUGUGUAAUGCUCAUGGAGAGACUCUGGAUGAAGCCAUGAAGGGGAUGCAACUUGGCCUGCUGAUAGGCUAUGAAGAUGCAGAGCGGGAUGCCUUUCCAAAGGAGGUCUUCAACAUCGCAGUUGUAGUUGAGGAGAAAAUUGUACUUCACAACAUUAAAGAUGUGGCAUGGAGCUAUGCCAUGCUUAUGGGUGUCAUCUACUGUGUCAAUCUCGAGUACCCAGAAGCCAUGAAGUAUUCUUUUGAGUUUCUUCAGAGAGUGGUGAUGAAGAUAAAACCAGACCAAGCAUCUGCCAGAGUACAUGGGCUAAGAAACAGAAUCCUGAGGUACAAAUUGUAA